AUGGGCAAGCGCGUCAACUACGCCUGCCGCUCCGUCAUCUCGCCCGACCCCUACAUCCAGGUCAAUGAGAUAGGUGUGCCGCCCGUUUUCGCCAAGCGACUCACGUAUGCUGAGACCGUAACCGACUGGAACGUGGAAUACCUAGCGAAGCUCGUGGAGAACGGGGCGGAUGUGCUGCCCGGAGCCACACACGUGGAGGACGAGAGGGGGCAGCUCGUCUCCCUCGCCCACCUCCACCCCGACCGCCGCAGAGCCCUCGCCCGCACCCUCCUCUCCACGCCCUCUGCUGCCGCGCUCGCGGCCAAUCAGCGCGCGACAGGUGUCCACGUGAAGGACGGCGAGGGGAAGAAGGGGGCAGGGGAGGGAGCGGCAGAGGGGAGGGGGUGCAUGUGCGGCGCGCGAUGUCGACGCAAACAUGCAAUGGUGAAAUCGGUGUACUGGCAGGUGAGAGCGAGACACAAGGCGUUGGUGUGGCAUUGUGGCGGUGUGCCCACGCUGCAUCGUCCCGGCAUCAUGGCACACCGAGUGAAGAUCCUCAAGGGCGAGAAGACCCUGCGCCUGCACUACGCCAACUGCAAUGUGUACAACGCUGACUUUGAUGGGGACGAGAUGAACGUGCAUCUGCCUCAGGACGCCCUGGGGCGAGCAGAAGCAUACUCGAUAGUAGACGCUGAUACAGUACAUACUGCCCACCAACGGGCUGCCUGCGAGAGGGCUUAUUCAGCGCGCUAUUGGGGGAAAAGCCGGCAGGAGGACGCGACGCUGCGGGUGCGGGGCGGCGAGGUGGUAACCGGCGUGUUUGACAAGGCGCAGUUUGCGCGCUUUGGUCUCGUGCACUGCUUCCAAGAGCUCUACGGCUGCCCUGCUGCCGGCAAGCUGCUCUCUUCGCUCAGCCGCCUCCUCACCACCUUCCUGCAGAUCCGCGGAUUCACCUGCGGGGUGGGCGAUCUGUUGCUGACAGCCCCCGCAGAGGCAGAGCGGGCGGCAAUCAUAUCGCGGGCGGACAGCAUCGGGGACCCCGUUCUCGUGGACACAACAGUAAAAACAUCCCGCAGUGGGUACCUGCAGCGGUGCCUUGUAAAGAACUUGGAGGGGCUGCGAGUGCACUACGACUACAGCGUGCGGGACAGCGAUGCGUCCAUUGUGCAGUUUCGGUACGGAGAGGAUGCCAUUGACACCAGCAGGACGUCCUUCCUUACCAACUUCGAGUUCAUCAAGGAGAACGAGCAGCAGGUAGCGGCAGCCCUCCGCUUGGACGAGGCCAAGGCUCUCGGCCUCGAGGCAAUGCCUCCCCGUGCCACUGCUGCUGCUGAUUCAACAGACCCCGCAGAAACAGCAGCAGAAACAGAGACAGCAACAGGGGCAGAAGCAGCAGCAGAGGUGAUGGAUGUGGAGUGCCCCGGGUCGAAGCUCGGGGUUGUGUCCCCUGCCUUUGAAGCUGCCUCCGAGAAGUUUCUGCAGUCGGCGGUUCUGGGGAAGGUUGGGAAAGGAGCUGGGAAGAAGGGGAAGAAGAAGGAUGCAGAGCGGUUGAGAGAGGUGCUGGAGAUGAAGUACCUGGCGUCUACUGUGCAGCCUGGGGAGCCGGUGGGGGUGCUGGCGGCUCAGUCGGUUGGGGAGCCCUCCACACAGAUGACGCUGAACACGUUCCACUUCGCAGGGCGAGGAGAGGCGAACGUGACUCUGGGCAUUCCCCGCCUGCGUGAGAUCCUCAUGACCGCUGCUCGCAACAUCUCCACGCCUGUCAUGGACUGCCCCUUGCUGCCCGGCCGCACGCUUGAGGACGCCCAACGCAUAGCCAACAAGCUCCGUCGGAUCACAAUGGCCGAGCUGAUCUCAGCCAUCCAUGUCUCGGAGCGCACAAAUCUCGUCCCGAUCAACGGUGGAGAUCGCAACUCGAGGCGCUACUCUAUCCGCCUGGCCUUCCACCCCACCAGCCGCUACCCUGCUGACCUUGACCUUAAGUUUGAAGAAAUCAAGGCCGCGUUCAGUUACGAGUUUGCUCCCAGGGUCGGGAAGGCUCUGGAGAGGGCUUUGGAUCGGGCCGGGGGUGGCGACACGUGGAUGCAGAUGGAGCUGUCGGUGCCCGUGACGUCACCAGCUGUUCUCAUCCAUGAGAUUGUAGACAAGGUGGCAGCAGCAGUGGUGGUGCGAGCCACACCGGGAGUGCAGCGCUGUGCCGCUCUUGAACCAGCAUCCCCAGGCCAGCCGCCCCGCAUCCAAGUCGAGGGUCUCAACUUCCCCGGCCUCUGGAACCUCGCUGUGACAACCAUGGGGAAACAUGACGAUGAGGGAGUGUUAGAUCUAAAUCGCCUUUCAACGAAUCACAUUGCGGCGGUUCUGACGACGCUUGGCGUGGAGGCGGCGCGUGCGACGAUCGUGAAGGAGGUUCGGGGCGUGUUCGGGAUGUACGGGAUUGCGGUGGACCCGAGGCAUUUGGGACUGAUUGCGGAUUUUAUGACGUAUGAUGGCGGUUACCGCGCGUGUAACCGUAACGGGAUUGACGCGAACCCAUCGCCGAUUUUGAAGAUGAGUUUUGAGACGGCGACCAAGUUCUUGAUAAAUGCGGCGUCCAAGGGGCAGACUGACAGGAUGGAGUCUCCGUCUUCAAGGAUUGCGCUUGGGCGGGUGGUGGAUGUUGGGAGUGGGUGCUUUGACUUGAUGCAUAACCUGUAA